AUGGCUCGUUCUAAGCAGACAGCCCGAAAAUCUACCGGUGGUAAGACGCCGCACAAGCAGCUCGCCAUCAAGCUCGCUCGCAAGAGUGCUCCCACCACGGGAGGAGUCAAGAAGCUUCAUCGUUAUAGACCCGGUACCGUAGUUCAUCGUGAAAUCUGUCGUUACCAGAAGAGCACGGAGCUUCUGAUUCGCAAGCUGCCAUUCCAGCGUCUGGUCCGUGAGAUCGCUCAAGACUUCAAAACCGAUCUCCGACUCCAGAGUUCGGCAGUUAUGGCGCUGCAAGAAGCUAGCGAAGCUUACCUCAUCGGUCUCUUCGAAGACACGAACUAUAUGAGAUAUAAGCAGACCCUAUGCUGA